GAUCCUAUGAGAUAGCGGAGGGAUUGCUUUGCUCGAAUCAUAGCCGACAGGUGCAAAUUGCUGCACUUCGCGUGAUCAAGGCAGUUGAUCCAUCUCUUUACGACAAUAAGCUGAUCAACGUGUUAGUAAGGCUGUUCCGUAACACUUGUCCUCAACCGACAAGUACUGGUGAAUCCCAAAUGGCUGUAGAUAUACUUAUGAAUUGUGUACCAGAGCAUCAACACACCGCCACAUUGCUACUACGUACCGAAUCUACACAUCCAGAUGAUCAUGAGAAAUGGAACUAUUUCUACAAAGCAGUGGAAAGCAGUGGACUCCAGGAUGACCUGAAAGAAGAAUUUUGGCAUGGCAUGCGAAAAUUCAAAGUGUUUCGACCUAAUUACGCACAACGAGCUCUCACCGCUAAUUCUUUCAGGGAUUGGCGAAAAAUUGCAGAAUUCGCUGGUUAUACUAUUUACUCCUCCUCUUUGGCUGAGUCGAGAUCUGGAGCUUUUGCACGUUCCGAAGUCGAUUUGCGUUUGAAGCACCGCAAAGAAGACCUCAGUCUUUUCAGCGUGACCUUUGACUCACAAGCGCUAGAAUCUCUACUUGGACAGCAGCAACAGCAGACAACACCUGCUGAUCCGGAAGCAGAUCUCCGAAUAUCUGUUCUAAACCAUGCUUUGCCAGGAAACACUAUAUUUAAGGGUGCAACUGAAAUGCUGGGAGCUGCUUGGAAUGCUGAUGGUCAGACAAUCAAAAUGUUGGAGGUGCUUACUUUAAUUUUUUAUUCCUACCACGUUUAAGA